AAGACCUACCAAUAGCACAUCAUGAGGCUGUGUUGGAAGUUCAAUGUGCUCAAAGAAAACAAAAAGAACGAGCCAAAAUAGGAUGGACCAUUUUACGUCCAUCAGAUACUAAACAAGGAUGUAUACAAAUUACGCAUCAUAGAAGAAAAGGUUCUCACAACACCGUUCAACAUUACACUGUUGAAGGAGUAUUACGAACAGUCCGAAUAGGAAAUAAGGAUCAAAAAUGUAACCUUGACAAUGAAUCACCUCCAGAGAAGCUUGAGGUUGAAACAGUGUAUAACCUCGUUGGUGUACGGCUAUUACUUGGGAAUGCUAUACGCAAAUGGCACCCGGCAGCAACAAACCUCGAACAGAUCUAUCGAACGACUAAGUUAGAGUUUGGGGACCUGCGAAAAUUGAAGUUGCACGAACUUCAACAGCUGACUGAAGAAG